AUGGAUAUUGAAAGAAGGAACACUCGGAAAUACAAUUUCAGACGCCCCGAUCUCAUGGAAUUAAUGAAGCUAGCAUCUUUUGUGGAUGAUCCUAAGGAUUUAAGAGACUGUUUUGGGAGGCUUUUGUCUCUUCUAUCUACUGAUGUUGAAGAUGGUCUUCUUUUCACUUUGGUUCAGUUGUUGUUGCCUAUCAUGGAGGAGUAUGCUUAUCUUUUGGGUAUAUCGGUUUCUGAUAGAUUUCCUUUUAAUGGGGUGGAAGGAAUUCUUGAGUCUCGAGUUAUUACUGAAGUCGUUCACCUGAAAAAGUAUAAUGUAGAUGAUAAUCUUGCUAUCAAAGGAGGCAUCAAAGGAUUGCCUUCUAAGUUUCUAAUUGAGAAAGAUUUUUCUUUUGCCAAUUCUGGUAGCAUGGUGGCCUUUGAAGCUAUUCUUUUUUUACUCAUAUAUGGUUUGGUCAUGUUUCCCCACAUUGAUAACUUUGUUGAUGUUAUUUCUAUUAGGAUCUUUUUGGUUGGGAAUCCUGUUCCGCCUUUGUUUGGUGACACCUACUUCUCCAUUCAUCAUAUGACUUAUAAGGGAGGUGGAACUAUUGUCUGUUGUGUGCCUUUACUAUACAAGUUGUUUAUUUCGCACUUGCCGCGGUCUCAUAUCUUCAAAGAAAACAAGGGUUGUUUAAGGUGGUCUCAAAAACUUAUGUCUCUCACUAAUGAUAACAUAACUUGGUAUUCUUUUGUUUAUGAUGAUGUUAAGAUUAUUGAUAGUUGUGAUGAGUUCUCUAAUGUGCCUCUCCUUGGUAUACAAGGGGGGAUAAACUACAAUCCAGCUUUGGCAAGACGUCAACUUGGGUUCUCUAUGAAAGACAAGCCUAAUAAGACCUUGUUGGAAAGUUUAUUUUUCCAGGAAGGGAAAGACACUCAAGGGUUGAAAGCUAGGAUGGAUCACCACCCCAAACUUAUCUUUUUGCACGAAUUUGGAACUACAUCAGUCAUGCCGAGCGAAGGCUCCAAACCACUCUUCAUGUCAAUCAGCUUCUUUUUCAGCUUGGGUCUACCAUCCCCUAUUUCGGUCUAG